AUGUUGCAGAUUGCAGCCGUCCUUUGGGCGCUGGUCUGUGUCCUGCCCCAGCAGGUCAGCGCAGGUUUUCUUCACACGUUCAAGAAGGCCAGCCUGACCACCGACCAGGCACCUUGCGAUUCCUGCGCGACCGCGGAUCUGCAAGACCCUAAUGAGUUCGAUCAGUGCAAUUUCUGGGGCGAUCCACACUAUACGGAAACCUGGGGUGGCCUCGGCCGCUUCGACUACCAAGGGCUGGGCGUCCAUGACGUUGUGAUCAACAACGUGACCUGUGACACUUUCCGUAUGCAGGCCUUUCACUGCCAGUACCGAACGUCUCGCAACGCAGUGGUUCUGGGUUUCGUCAUCGAACUGGGCGGCUCCGUCACCGGCACUGUCUUCGUCAACGACACGUUCGUGGAAGUGAGCGCUGGCUUGGAAAGUCUGGUGUCGCCCAUAGGUGAAAUCUCUACCCAGCAGCUGCAGAACGGUGGCAUCAAUGUGCAGACCGGCGAUCGCUGCAACUUCGUCAACAUCAACGAGAAGCCCAUCAACUUCAAGCCUGGCUACCUGCUCAAUGCCAAGGUGAGAUCACGCGUGGGCGUGACGCAGAAUGCCGGCGUUUGUGGCUCUCCACAGCUAUUCCCUACUUUCGUGAGCGACAACAGCAGCUUCCUGUUCACGAGCGAGCAGAUCGAGCAGCUUUGUGAACAGUGCAGCAGCUUUGGCGGAGAAAUCUCUCCCGCUUGUCCUGGUUACACGCCACCACAACCACCGGACAUUACCAACGAUUUGACCGAGGAAUGUUUGUGGGCCGCAGAUCCCAUCGAAACCCAGAAUGCUGGCACUGGGCCCGACAUCACUCAGUUCUGUGCAACAGACACAACCAUUGCGGCCGACUUUGGCAAUCCUGGACCUGACCAAUGCCUCUUCACAGUCACUGAUGGCAAUGGUAAUAGCUGCACUGACAUUUGCGGACUCCUUGGCACCACCUGCAGCAACGUGCCCGGUCGCGUGGAUUCCCAAAACGACAACUGCGAACCUGGCGGCAAUGAAGGAACUGCCUCGUGCGACACCCAGAACAAUUUCAAUACGUACACCUGUGCUUGCGACAUUCCGGAUAUUCCCUUUCCGGGCGAUAACAUCAACGACGCCGAGGAGGUCGCAAACAACGAUCCGAACAUCAGCUUCCAGGAUGCGAUCGACAAUUGUACCGUCGGGUGUUUGGCAAAUGUGACAUUCGAUAUAAAUGUACCUCCAACCACGGAGCUGGAGUACUUGCUUCAGGGAUGCAUCAUCGAUUGGGUGUACGCAUCGAAUGACGAAAGAGCUGCCAUCGUCGACAACACCCAGGCGCAAUGUCCAGGACUGCCGCUGACAGAAACCUGUGCCGAUUUCACUUGCAGCAGCGGGCUGGUUCCUGAUCCAGCCAAGCAGGCUGAUGUGUGUGGGCCUCCUGGGACCUGCACCGACGCCUUGUGCUGCAUGACAAGCCGCUUCCGGCGCUAUCGGCGUCAACGAAUUCGGCGUCGACGUCGCCGCAGCCGAUUCGGCCGAUACUACAAAUACGCAUACAACGAAUCACUGAUGCAAUCACUCGCCCCGGACGAGGAGGAGCAUGAGGAGGAUGGCAAUUUCCAGCAGGUCUACAGCUGCAAAGGCGAAGACUGUGAGGAGGCCAAAGCGAAGUUGAGCACAAGACGGGGGUCGUCCAGUGCUCAAGUCAAGGAGGUGCUUGCGGAUGAGCUAUGA